AUGAAUCCCUCGACUGGUCUCCAGUUUGCUCCUGAACACCAACAACAUUAUUCUGAAGAGGAAUACUUGAAAAAUCAUGGGGUUUCAGAUAACAAGACAGAAGAUAUGUCAACGAAGUCUACCUCAUUACCAUGUCGUCGAACUUUUCGCAGAGAUGAAGACCUCGGGCAGGUAGAGCAUGCGGGAUGUGCCAUUCAAGAAGAGUGCGAUGCGACGCAGGAUCUCACGGAAUCCCAUGUACAAAUUGUGAAGCAUUCUUCUUGGACUGCAAUAUUCCUCCGCGAAAGAAGAACAAUUAAGCAGCGCAGUCAUUCCGGUGGGAACGGCAAUGGAGAAGAAGAAAAGAAUGACGAUGCUGAGCUUCCUCGGCCUGUCGCGUCAAAUCACGAUGAUUUUGCCUCGCUGAUUCUUCAAGCUGGCCACCAUAUCAAGCAACAACCUGAUAGUACCAAACAAUACGUCAAAUUAAUAAAUCCACCAAUUUCUUCGUCGGCAAUUGAAAACCCCGGAAAAGUAGCAUACUUACAGGAAAAAUCAUCAUUGGCGAUGCUCAUGAGGGACUAUUAUGACACAACGGACGCUGUGCACUAUCCGCUACCGGAGGACGCUGCAAAUCAACGCAUGGCCACAAAAAUGAACCCGGAAGAGAUGGAUAUCCUUGCAAAGCGAGGUGCACUACAACUUCCUCCUCGAGAUUUGUGUGAGGAAUUGAUUGAUGCAUAUUUCAAAUGGGUAGCUCCGGUCAUCCCAAUCAUUAAUAAAUCGUGGUUCAUGCAACGUUGGCACGACCUCGAUAAUCAGCCUCCCUUACUUCUAAUGCAAGCAAUCUUAUUGGCUGGAUCCAGAGUUUGCACUACAUCCAUGCUCUUGGAUGCAAAUGGUUCCCCCAUUCCAGCAGCAACAAUAUUUUAUAAAAGAGCAAAAGCGCUCUACGAUGCUGAUUAUGAGGAAGAUCGGGUCGUUAUAGUUCAAGCACUUAUUCUCUUAGGAUGGUACUGGGAAGAGCCAGGGGUGGUUACAAAAAAUGUUUUUUAUUGGAAUGGACUAGCGACUACUAUCGCCCAAGGAUUUGGAAUGCACAGAAAUCCUAGCGGCUCUCGUCUCAGUCCUGCAGAUAAAAGACUUUGGAAAAGAAUCUGGUGGACUUUGUACAUCAGAGAUCGGUCCGUAGCAACCGCUCUUGGACGCCCAGCACAUAUCAAUUUGGAAGAUUCCGAUUUAGAAAUGAUCCGGGAAGAAGAUUUUGUUGACGAUCACACGGGACCUGAGGAUGAAUUAGAAGUGCAAUUCUUUCUCCACUAUGUGAAAAUAUGCGAGAUCAUGGAUGACAUACUCUUUCAGCAUUACUCUUUACAAUCCAAGAAGCAUGGCAAUAACUCUCUCAUUUUACAACAGUGCGAUCAAGCUUUGAAUGAAUGGCUUCAGAACUGCCCCAGACAGAUUCGAUGGAAUUCUUCGAACAACAACUUCUGGUCCUCGUAUCUGUACUCAAUAUACCAUACCACAAGGUGCCUCUUGUAUCGUGCCUAUUUGCCAUCAGUUAAGUCGUCAUCUGAACUUCACGAGAAGCUUGAUAUUUCAGAACACCCUGCUUUUCAAUCUGCAGGCGCAAUUACUUCAGUCGCUGAAAACAUGAUUGCACGCAAUGAGUUAAGGCAUGCUCCUCCAUUUUUAAUAUACUCUUUACUGUCUGCCUUAAUUAUGCAUGUCUAUGAACUACAGAUUUAUCUGCCUUCAACAAAUUCAGAUGCUCGCAAAAGAAUUUCGAUUUGCAUGUCUGCUCUGGACAAGCUCUCUGAUGUAUGGCUAGUAGCUAAGAUGGUCAGAGGUCUUUUCGAGACGAUUUUGAAGGCAGCAGGAUUUGCAAAUUAUACCCUUGAGGGCACCAAACGUUUCAAGAAAAUUGGUGAGCAUACAGUGCCUGUGUUUAGCUUCAUUGAAGAACCUUUAUCAGCAUCACAAUCAGCUAGAGAGGCCAAGGAAGACAGUCUUCCACUUACGCAUUCUCUGCUAGCACACCAAAAAGCAACUUUGAAUUUCGUAUCAGGAAAGGGUUCAAGUAUUUCAAAUGAGGGUCGGACAUCGAUUGGUAACAACGACGGUGUUUCGCCCAAGAGCAUACCGUCUGCGCCACUAGCUGGACAUCAAUCUACUCCAUCAAUACAUGGAGGUGAAUAUUUCGUCUCAGAUGAUUUGUGGCCUACUAUCGCAAUACCUAAUCCAACCCAGGAAACAGUUCAAUAUCAAGACCCCAAUUUUGCUGGCAACAUGAAUUACAUAUCUCCAGAUCAGAUGGCAUACUGGAUACAGCCGGACUUUCAACAAAUGAUUCCUUCGACUUUAGAUGUCGCAGACUGGUUCGAUUAUUUUGGCAUGCGAUGA